AUGGCAUUUGCUUGCCAGCCAGACCUCCGCCGACCUUCUUCAACGCUUUCCAUCGAUACGAAGUCCGUAUCCCUCUUCGGCGACAGUGACACUCUGCCCGACUUUGCUCUGGACCACACCGCCAUCAUGUCGCCCACGCUCACCCAGCGACGAGACUCUUUCAGCACGGCCGCCAAUGGGUUUUGGUCACCUGACGCGCAGCCGUGGGAGGAGUUUCCCGUCAGCUUCAUGGACCGGACCGCGAGCGCAUCGACCAAUCCGUUCCUGCAGCAGGACAACAACCCAUUCACGCGGCUGAACUCUACCCAGGCCGCUGCUUACGGUCAGCAACCCGCCGCCUGGCCAUUGCAUGACGCUGAUUCAGGCUCUUGCACGCCAACGACUGCCAAGACUGAUUAUGCCUUCCACCCGGACUUUGAUACAGGUCCCGCUUCAGCCUUUGGUAUGCCUGUGGGGUCCAACGCUGCCUUCAGUGGCCUACCGCACAGCAACGUGCGGCCCAGCUCGGUGUUCCCAUCCGCCGCAGCCGGGACUCCAGCCAUGCCCCAAUCGCCCCAUUCCCACAAGGAGUGGAUGGCUAUGGCCGCCUCGGAAGUUGAGUCGCGGCCAAUGCCCAAGCGCAUGCGGCCAAACACCCCUCCUAGGUCUUUCUCUCCUGGCUUUCUACGCCGUGACGGGAUCAGAAAGAAGAAUGCUCGCUUCGAGAUCCCGGCGGAGCGAAGUCUCCUCAACAUCGACCACCUAAUCGCCCAGUCGCAAGACGAGGAUGAGAUCAAGGAGCUCAAGCAACAGAAGCGCCUACUUCGGAACAGGCAGGCCGCGCUUGACUCACGGCAACGGAAGAAGAAGCAUACCGAAGAGCUCGAGGAAGAGAAGAAGGCAUGGACCACUCGAUUGGGUGAACUGGAAGACGAGCUCGUGCACAUGCGCAUGCAGCACGAUGCGGCUCUGCAAGAGAAAGACCACUGGCACCGGGAGUUCCUGCAUGCCGAGCAGGUCAAUAACGGCCUUCAGUAUGAGAGGGAAGAGAUGGUCCGGACGCACACACUUGAGACGGGCGAGCUCCGCAAGAAGGUGUCCGUGCUCACCGAGAAGCUUGAAGCUAGCAGCAGCACCGCCAUGUCUCACCAGCCCAGUCAGAGUAGCUUCACCGACUUCGCAGCAGACAUGGAUAACCUUACUAUGGGUGGCAACGACUGGGACAACUACAUCUUCGUCAACGACUUCUGCAUAGACCCCGAGCAGACACAGAACCAGCAGCUUCCUCAGCCAGCGCAACAGCAGCCCCAACAAUCCCUGGUAGUCCGGCAAUCGAAGAAGGAUGAAGACAAGCCUGUCGCUUCGGGGCUUCUGCUUAUGCUCCUCCUCUGCGGUGCUUUCGUCGCCAGCCGGUCAUCCGGCUCAUCCGUGCCCGCGAUUCCACGCAUACCCGACGACGUCCGUGCCGCCUCUACGCAAGUCCUGGAUAGCAUCUUCAAAGACGCCGGCGUAGCACCCUCUUCAACAUCACCGUCCGCGCCCGUCCACUCGUCUAACGUCAUCGUCAAUCAUGUCGAAGGUUGGCCGCGGACGACGCUCUCCGGCGCGGAGUUUGCCAGUCUCUCGAACCUGGACAACCUCCAUCACCACCUCGUCGCUCCGACCAAGGACCAGGAAGCCGAGCAACUCUUCUCCAUCACCCCCGCCCAGUACAACUCCCUUACCUCCACCGACUUCGCCCGCCGUGUCUACAGCGUGCACUCCGACGAUGACCACAGCGCCGCGCUAUCGCCGGCCUCGCAGUCGCCGAGCCACCGCCGCAACUUGGCGGAGACGUUGGCAGCUAUGCGCGAGGAGAGCAAAGGCGAGACGGCUGCCGAGGUGUAUACCAGGAGUCUGCUCUGGGACACCAUCCCCUCCGAAGUCGUCCGCGAGUUCAAGCGGAUGGUUGAGGGAAGCGGCGCGGAUGUCGAUACGCCGCUGAGCAAUGUCGACAGCGGCCUCAAGUGCGAAUGA